ACGGUAUUUGUAAUGUUGAGUCGUCAAAUGUCAGUUUGUGUUUAUUUACAAGUGUCUCCGCUGUUAAAUUAGUAUGGUUUAAUUGCAUAUUUCUUUCUUAUCGAAAAAAACCUUAAUAAACUACAAAUAUUCCAUUAGAGAUUUUUAAUUUUAGUCAUUUUAAAAUUAUUUCAACCAUUAAUUUAAAUGCAGUUUUGGAUUCCAGAGUAUUUCAAUGAUGAUAGAAGUGCAUGCUCGACUGCCACAUGGAUCAGUUUUUCUUUCAGGUGAGGCUGUUGAAUGCCAUGUGUCAUUUCGAAGUCCAUUCACUUACUCACAGAAACAAAGCCAAUCAAAUAAUGACAUUGAAGAGGUACUUGCCUGGGCAAGUGCACAAAUUCAUUGCCAAUGCACUGUUGAUAAUACUUUAGUAAAAUUUCCGAUUACAGCAUCGCAAGAAGAAUUGGCUACAGCAUCACAUGAUACAUCAUUUAUUCCUUGCAGAGGUGAAAGUGGCCAUGUUGUACUAUCUACUAAACCAAAAAUUUUAUUUUGUGAUUUGAAAUUACUGCCUGGUGAAAGUAAAACAUUUAUUUACAGGGAAACCAUACCAAACAAUGCUCCCCCAUCCUACAGAGGCCAGUGUGUGAAAUAUGCAUACAAAAUCACUGUGGGUACUCAGAGAGUCAAUACCGCAAUUAAAUUGUUGAAAAUUCCUAUAAGAGUACUCGUGUUAUCAGGACUUCCCGAUACACAUUGCUUUCUUGAAAGUGAGGAAUUACAGGUGGCACCAUCUAACCCUUUUCUUCAGAGCCAAAGAAAACAGCCAACUCUUUCCUCAACACUUCAAUUACUAGAAGCUGUUACAGCUCGCAGGAGUCCGAGCUAUUACAACAUAACUAAUCAAAAUGGGAAAGUGGUGCGAUUUUGUUUGCUGAAAUCUUCAUAUAGACAGGGUGAAGAUAUAAUUGGUGUUUUUGACUUUUCUCAGGGGAGUGUUAAGUGUGUACAAUUUUCAGUGACACUUGUAAGUGAAGAAGAAUUGCAAGAUAAUUGCAAAGGAAAGCAGAACAUCACUACUGUAGCCUACAACAAGCAUCAUGAAUUUUCUUUGCACUUAAAUUUAACUCAAGUGAUCCUGCCCAUACCUUUGACCGUCACUCCAGCCUUUAGCACUGACAUUGUGUCGCUUAAAUGGAAGCUCCAUUUUGAGUUUGUCACAACUAAUGUGACAUUCUCCAUGCCUGAACCGGAAAAUUCUUUCGACUCGUCGACGUGGCAAGGUCCGGCCAGCAUGGACGUCCAAACUAUGGUCUGGGAUCUUCCUAUUGAUGUUUACCCAACUCAUCCACUACAAGUUGCACAUGGUUUGCCCUCAAAAUUAGAUCACAUGAUAACAAUAUGAAGCUGAAAAAUAUUUUGUUCAUAUAAAUAUUUUUGUAUUUAAUUAUAAGGAAAUAAUCAAAUAGUUGUAAUAUUUACAUGUAAAUAGUGUAUUUUGUACAAAAUAAACAUUUUAUGGUAUUUCAUUAA